UCACUGUGGAAUUUGAUUCUCUAUUAAAAAAAAGAAGAGAAUAGCAAAGCAAUACCAAAUACUAAUGCAUGCAAAAGCAAAUAAUGCCAACGCAGUCGUUUUGAAAACAAAGGGUCAACCAAAAGUCGUGUCUACAAUGAUAUAAAAUUAUGGAUCAAAACAUUAUUUUAUACAUAAUUAUAAUUUUAGUUCACCUUACUCUUAAAUACAAUAUCUUAUUGCUGGUCAUGCCAUCCCUGUAGAAGUGGACCGGAUUUUGAUCAGCCAAGACUCGUAGAGACUCUGCAACAAUCUUUGGUUGAAGAAGAAGAAGAAGAGAUAAUGGGAGGGUUUCUCUCUAGCUUACUCGGAGGAGAGGCGGCCGCUGCCGAAUAUUCAUCAUCCUCGGAUCAGCCCUCAUCCGUCAUCGCAUUUCAUUCCACGGCCAGAUGGCAGCUCCAUUUCAAUGAAGCCAAAGAAUCCAAUAAGCUGAUUGUCAUCGAUUUCUCGGCGACCUGGUGCGGUCCCUGCAAGAUGAUGGAGCCAAUCUUCAAUGCCUUGUCUACUAAGUUCGCCACCGCUGACUUUGUGAAGAUCGAUGUCGACGAGUUGUCCGAAGUAGCGCAGGAAUUUGGUGUGCAGGCGAUGCCGACGUUCGUGUUGGUGAAGAAAGGAAAGGAAGUGGAUAGGGUUAUCGGAGCGAAGAAGGAUGAACUUGAGAAGAAGGUUCAGAAACACCUCUAAAUUCUAAACCAUAGUAGGAUCUUCCUUCUGUUUAGGUCUGAUUCUCGCUUCGAACUUUGUAUGUUUUUUCUUUCCUUGUAUUUGGGUUGAAAUUUCCAGUUUCGUAAAUGAAAAUUGAUACUUAUGGUGAAAUAUUUCAACACUUGAUUUCGAUAAUUAUCGUUAUAUUCCCAAGUA